AUGGAGAAGGCAAUUUCAGUAGCCCUAUUACUUUUUUGUUUAUUUUCUAAUGAUGUGGCAGGUAGAAGAAGAGUUUAUCACGGUAAAAGUGGCCAUAAAAUUGUAGGAGGCUACAAUACUACCAUACAAGAUGUGCCUUACCAGGUGUCUUUGCUACUGCAGAUGGGUAUCAUGUAUUAUCAGUGUGGAGGAUCGAUUAUAAGCGAAAAUUAUAUUUUAACAGCAGCUCAUUGCUUAACAGGAAUAACAAGAAUAUUUGUAAGAGCUGGAAGUACUGAGGCUGAUAGCGGUGGUACCCAAUAUAACACCACUAGGUAUAGACAGCAUCCCUUCUACAAUCCAGCUAUUAGCGACUAUGACGUCGGUGUGGUUAACAUUCCCGGGGGGAUAUUUUUAGAUGGAAUUACCAUAAAGGCUGUUGGCUUACCAAGUAGAUCAACUACUAUUAGGAAUGGCACUAAUAUCCUGGUGACUGGAUGGGGAGAUACUACAGAGAACGGACAGACAAGUGAAAAUUUAAUGGGUGUGAUAGUUCCAACGGUAUCUCAAGAUGAAUGCCGCAAGUCUUACAGUACACUUACGUCGAGACAAUUUUGUGCUGGAGUGCCUGAAGGCGGCAAAGAUUCUUGUCAGGGUGAUUCUGGAGGUCCUGCAGUGUCAACUGAAACGGGUCUACAAUUGGGUAUAGUUUCUUUCGGUUAUGGAUGUGCUAGACCCGGAUAUCCUGGCGUAUACACAUAUGUACCGAAAGUACGUAAUUGGAUCAGAUUUGCUACUGGCGUA